AUGGAUGUAGUUCCCACAAGAAAGGAACAAAUGGCAUCUGGAUCGGCGACUGACCGCAUCUACUGCCAGCCGUGCGCGGAAGACGGCAAUAAAAUCCUCUCUGAGGCCUUCUGUCCUGUCUGCAAGGAGUUCCUGUGUUCUACCUGUGCCCGAGUACACCGGAACCAGAAAAUGACCAAAAGCCACCGUCUCCAAGACAAGGACAGUGUGCCUACCUCAUUCCGCGAUGAGAGUGAAUAUAAAAGUUAUACAGAAAUAUGUCAGCGUCAUGCUAAAGAGAUCAUAAAAUAUUACUGUCAUAAUCAUGAGACACUUCUGUGUGGCGACUGUCUAGUUGAGGAUGAGGAACAUCGCUCUUGUAAGGUGGAGAAACUUCCGCAAGUGGUAAAACGAUUCAAGCAUGGUGUAGAAUACAACAACCUGAAAACAGGCCUUGUCCAGACGGCCAGUGACAUCGACAAACUUUCUCACGAAAUACAUGCGAUUCUGAAAUUAGUUGACGAAGAAAGCCAAAACAAUAUCAAUGAGCUUCGCAAUUUUAGGAAUGAAAUUAACCAGUACCUGGAUAAAAAGGAAAACGAACUCUUGGCAGAAAUUGAUCAGAAGAAACGAACAUCCAAUACAUUGAUCAAUGGGCUGAAAUCAAAAUGCACUAACAUGAAUUCAUCCAUUGAGAAACUAAAGUCGGAGCUACAAGCACAGCAUGACAACGGAAACCAGCUAUUAAUAGUAGGAAAGCGAGCUAUAAAGGAGCUAGCAGGUAUUCAGGCAGCCCUGGAGGUGAGCAGGAGGAGUAAAGUUCCCCGAUACAAGUUUCACAGGAACCCUGCAAUUGAGCAGUCAAUAGCUUCUGAAAAUGCGAUAGGAGGGUUGGAAGAGGGCGAAUCAACGUCGGCGUUAGGGCAGCAACAUCGAAAACAGAAGACGAAGCAGGAAGAACGGCAACAGGAGACAGUGAAACAACACAAAAAAAACAUGGAAGCUUUAUCACAAAAAGGCGAAUCAACUUCGGUGUCAGGGCAGCAACCACGACAACUCAAGACGAUGCCGCAACAACAGGACCACAUGCAAGGUGUAUCACCCAAAGAACAGACAGUGAAAGUGAGAAAGAGUGAGAGGGGAUGGGGAGAGGGACAGAGAGAGAAAAAGAAAGAAAUGGAGGUAAGUACAGAGAGAGGAAACAAAUAG